AUGGAGAGGAUGUACCAACAGUUACCUCCCAACUCAGGCUUUGGUGUUGAUGAGUCCAUCAGUCCAGAGUCGGACUCCCCUCCUCCCCUGAGACCAGAGACCACGGAGAAGGAUGUAGUGGCCCCGAAGAAAAUUCAGUACCAUGAGUACUUGAACAGGAUGAAAACGUCCAAGGAUACGUCUCUGACCCCCGUUGAGGAACCAGAGACCACAGACAAAGACCCCAUGGUCCUGAACUACAGUCAGGGCAUGGAGUCCUUCACCAGGUUGGUGCUGGAGAUGAUGGACGUAGUUUCUCCUCUUCUGCAAGAACUGGUUUCCGACGACACAGAGACGCACCUUUAUGAGCGGCUGUCUCAGGGUUUGAGUGCAGGAAAGUACCAAGAGCUGAAAGACCAGAUCACACGCACUGUUACUGAGAAUCUGGCACCGCGGAAAGGACGCCGCAGCAGCCGCAGCAGCCGCAGGAGACUCGCAGAGGCUCACAUUGAUCGUUUUGUGACUUUGGCCAAUAAGGACGUGAGCCAAAGUGGACGCACCAGACUGGACCGAGAGCGCCUCAAGGCCUGCAUGCGGGAGAUCGACAGUAUGGGGCAGCAGGCCAAGCAGAUGCGGACUCAAGUGAAGAAGAACAGCCUCAAAGACAAACUCAAAGUGGCCCAGAACUUCCUCCAGAGACUGCGCUUCCUGGUGGACGAGCCCCAGCACAGCAUCCCGGACGUGUUUGUGUGGAUGAUGAGCAACAACAAGAGGAUGGCAUAUGCUCGCAUCCCGUCCAAAGACCUGCUGCACUCCGUCGUGGACGAGGAGAAGGGGAAAGACUGCGGGAAAGUCAAGGCCGUGUUCCUCAAACUGCCCGGUAAGAAGGGCUUGGGUCCGGCUGGGUGGACGGUGCAGGCCAAGCUGGAGCUGUACCUGUGGCUGGGCCUGAGCAAACAGAAGAAGGACUUCCUGAGCGGACUCCCCAACGGCUUCGAGGAGGUCAAGGCCUCCAAGACCACACCCGCUCUGCACGCCGUGCCCCCCGUCACCCUGGUCUACAGCAUGAAGCAGGUGUUCCAGCUCAGAGCUCACAUGUAUCAGGCUCGCAGUCUCUUCGCUGCAGACAGCAGUGGACUCUCAGACCCCUUCGCCAGAGUCUUCUUCUCCACACACAGCCAGGUCACUGAGGUGUCUGUGUGUGUUGUUGUGUUGAUGCCUGUGUGUGUUGUUGUGUAG